AUGUCGAGGUACCCGACGUUGCGCAGCUGCGGCUACGAGCUGGACCGGACCAUCGGCACCGGUGGUUUCGGCAAAGUCAAACUGGCCACGCACACGUUGACUGGUGAGAAGGUGGCCAUCAAAAUCAUGGACAAGACCAAGCUGGGCAAAGACCUGCCGCGCGUCAAGCUGGAGAUCAGCGCGCUAAAGAACCUGUCCCAUCCCAACAUUUGCAAGCUUUACCAGGUGAUUGAGACCGAGUCGCACUGCUAUGUUGUCAUGGAGUACUGUUCGGGUGGUGAGUUGUUUGAUCACAUUGUUGAGAAAAGCCGUCUCAGCGAAAUGGAGUCGCGCAUGUUCUUCAGGCAAAUCAUAUCAGCUGUAUCGUAUUUGCACGACAGUGGUUAUGCGCACCGUGACCUCAAGCCGGAGAACGUGCUCUUAGACAGGGAACAAAAUUUGAAAAUAAUUGAUUUCGGUCUGUGCGCUAAACCGCAAGGCGGCAUGGACAGUUUGCUGUUGACCUCUUGUGGAUCGCCCACUUACGCUGCUCCUGAACUCAUUCAAGGGGUCAAGUACCACGGUUCGGAAGUAGAUAUUUGGAGCAUGGGCGUAAUAUUAUACGCAUUGUUGUGUGGAUGUUUACCAUUUGAAAGUGACAAUAUUGACGAACUUUUCAAGAAAAUAUUACGAGGAAAAUACAUAGAACCGGGUUGGCUGUCGUCAGGUAGUAAACGUUUGUUGAGACGUAUGCUUUGUGUGGACCCAUUAAAGCGUAUACGAAUCAGUGAGUUAAUUAAUGACCCAUGGGUUAGACUUGGAUUUGGUUGUCCACCGUCCACAAAAACUCAUGAUAUUGAUCGAUGCAAGGACAUGGAAUGUCUUGAAGCAAUUAGUCAUCAUUUUGAAAUUGAUAAAGAAAUUAUUUGGUCACGUCUAUCAAAGUGGAAGUAUGAUUGUGAAACUGCUACUUAUUUGUUGUUAUUAAAUAAAAAAAAAAAUGGCUCUCCGUUAGUUUUGAAGAAAAAAGAAGUACCUAAUCAACAAUCAGAACUUAUUAUAAGAAGGCCAGUUGGUCUCCACACUCCAGGCCAAGAAAACAGAAGAGUAGUUGGACGUGCUGUUCGAAGAAAAAUAGAUGAAGUGACACCUACUAUACCUGCUAAAAUCAAAAAAAAUACCAAUGCUGAAACUCCACAAGCGCAACCGCAAUGUUCAUCAAAUUUAAGUAGUCCUGCUGGAAAAAUAUUUUCAGGAUUAGACCGUGUCAGGAAAGCAUUGACACCUAGACGUCGUAUUACAACUCCAACACGAAAACAACCUGAAAUUUUGAAUAUCAAAAAAGAUUUAUGUAAUAUAUCAACUACAGUUUGCAAGGAUCCUGAAAAAGUGAUGAAUCAAUUGGAGAAAGCGUUGGCAAUGAAAAAUAUUAUUUGCUCAAGGAAAGGUUUUGUGCUUAGGGGCAAAUUAAAGAGUAAUGUAGCUGAUAAGGAAAAAUUGAAAUUAUCUUUUGAAUUAGAAAUUUGUUUGGUGCCCUCAAUGAACAAAGAAAAUUUGCCAGUUGUUGCCAUUAAACGAAAGCGACUUAAGGGUGACUCAUGGAUGUACAAAAAAAUAUGCGAGGAAAUUCUAAAUUUUACUGGAAAGUGUGAAACUAUUCCAGAAUAA